AUUAAAUCCAGUUGCUAACAAGAGAAAAAUGGGUUCAACUCGUAGACCUCUUGGAGGGAACAAAGGUCAAAGAAAAGGAAAAGAACAUCAUGAGGGCAAUGUGACUCUUAACACUGAAAGUAUAAGAAAUAAUGAGGUUGAAAUCUUAGAUGUGGAGGAUGAGCACCAUCUAGAUAAAUCUACUUUAAGAACAUCAGAGACAAAAGAUGGAACUGCAGAAAAGGAGAGGGAAAUAUAUGUGGAGAAUAAUGCUAGCCCUGUUGAGGGGAUUGACUCAACUCACAUGUCGUCGUUGUGUAGUUCAGAUUUUCAGGCAUCAACUGCAGAGAGCAUCAGUGGCAUAUUUGAAGAGCAAACCCUCACAGAAUUGUGUGCAGAGACCCUGGAAAAUCCUGGUUUUGUUGAAGUACUGCCAGUAAGGAGAGACACAGAACCACACUUAGAAAUUCAAACACAGAACAUAACUUUUGAAUCAACAACCAAUGAAGAAGAAACAACAGAAGAGAACGUUCAUGAUGUUAGUGUUCUUGUCAAAGCAACUGAAGUUAUUGAAGAUACAAUUACAGUGAAGAGCAAUGUGACUAACGACUCAGAUUUUCUUCAAAAUUAUACUCCCCUUGAUAUAAACCUGGAAGUAUUGAAAGUAUCUGAAAAUAUAAAUGUUGAGAAUGUUUCUGUUCUGACUGAUUCUGGUCUUCUCUUGAGAUAUGUUGACACUGUAUGUUCAAGAGAAACAGAUACCAUUCCUGAGAAAACUGAAAUAAGCAUAAAUUCUGAUGAUUCUCACAGACAGUAUAUAAUCUUAAAAUUGAAUCCGAUUGCUCACAAGAGAAAAAUCGGGUCAACUCGUAGACCUCUCGGAGGGAACAAAGAGAAAAGAAAGGGAGGAGAAGAAUCUAAGGAAAGUAGUGGAGAUAAUGAAGGAGUUGCAGAGGAGAAAGACACAGAAUGCUCUGAAAAGCAAGACCAGAAUAAUGUGGUAGAUCACAAUAUGGCACAAGAAAUAAUAAAUGGAAGCGAUAAUGAAGAAAGGGUGGGAAAUGUUGCACCACAUCAUGAUACUGGCCUACAAUUAUCAGAGGACCAAGAAGGAAUGGUACAUUUUGUUAGAGACAAUACAGCUUUUAUAAGUUGUUCUGAUCCUGUUUUCUCUGAUGCCGUGCUUAUGGAGGGUGCUGAAAUGUAUGCAUCAUCUGUUCUUACUACAGUCUUAGUAUCUGAGGACAUAGCAUGUGGAAUGAAAAUAGUAGGAAAUGCAGGAGAACAAACAUUUCCUGACAGCCUUGAUAAGUCAAAUGACUCACUUCUCAGUGAAAUAGAGAGAGUGUUGAAUAAAACAUCUCAAAGUUCAUUAAAUAUUGACUAUAAUUUGAUAAUUAAUUAUCCAAACGACUUGGUAAACACUCUUGUUGAAACAUCUCAUCCAAUCAGAGUACCAGAAAACGCAGAAACACAAGAUGACAAAGGCUUAUCUCUCCAGAGCUCUAAAACUUGCAUUGAACCCAACUCACCAGGAAGACAAAGAAAAAUGGGUUCAACUCUGAAGAUUGCAGAGAACUUAGAGACAAGUGAACAAGAAAUAAUUACUCCUAAGAAGGGCCUUGAAGCAGCUGAGGAACCUACAGUGUAUAACAUCACAGAAAGCAAAGGGAGUAAAGAAAAUCUUGGUGUACCCAGUGCACUCACAAGUAGCUGUCAGCUAGAAGAGAGUGGCAAACCUGUUGUCCAAGAAAGGACUUCUCCAUCACCCAAAAGGAAAUUUGGGUCCAGGCGCGUCAAUAAGUGCAACAGAGACCAUGGUGGGCUUGCCACUUCUGAAAGAAGGGAUGAAUUAGAAGAGGAAGAUGAACCCAUUUUAAACACUCCUGUUGAAACAUCUCAUCCAAUCAGAGUACAAGAAAACGCAGAACCACAAGAUGACAAAGACAAAGGCUUAUCUCUCCAGAGCUCUAAAACUUGCAUUGAACCCAACUCACCAGGAAGACAAAUAAAAAUGGGUUCAGCUCUGAAGAUUGCAGAUAUCUUAGAGACGAGUGAACAAGAAAUAAUUUCUCCUAAGAAGGGCCUUGAAGCAGCUGAGGAACCUACAGUGCAUAACAUCACAGAAAGCAAGGAGAGUAAAGAAAAUCUUGGUUUACCCAGUGCACUCACAAGUAGCUGUCAGCUAGAAGAGAGUGGCAACCCUGUUGUCCAAGAAAGGACUUCACCAUCACCCAAAAGGAAAUUUGGGUCCAGGCGCGUCAAUCAGUGCAAUAGAGGCCUUGGUGGGCUGGCCGCUUCUGUAAAAAGGAAUGAAUUAGAAGAGGAAGAUGAUAAACCAUACAGCUCUGAGGUCCAGGACAGUCUGCCCAGAGAUGACUUGAUGGUUUGUGAUCCCUCUCUCAGUUUACGACCAGAUCAAUCGGAUUUCCAAUCUGUCUCUGAGUGUAGCAACAUGGAAGCCAGAAAUGAAGCUGCAAAAUCUGUUCCAAAGAACAAGGAUGUGUCCACAAAGGAAGGCACUGGUGCUGGUCUAGUUUCUUUAGACCAAAUCAUAAAAGCAGGACAGCAUGAUAUAAGCCCUGGAAGUAAACAGACGGUAGACAGAAUUUUAAAGAAGAGCACUAAGCAAGAGACUGAAGCAGUUCAGUUUAAUGUGGUCAUGUUGGGAAACAGUUGUGUGGGGAAGACUUCCUUUAUAAGGCGCUUCCAUGAAGGACAGUUCAGUCCAGAUUAUUGCUCUACCAUUGGUGUUGACACGUGUGCACAGACUGUUGAGCUGCAUGACAGAAGUGUUAAACUGCACAUAUGGGACACAGCAGGUCAAGAGAGGUUUCACAGCAUCACAACACAAGUGUUCCACAAGGCAGAUGGGCUUCUGCUCAUGUACGAAAUCACAUCUUCUAAGAGCUUUAUUUCUGUACGAGACUGGAUCACCAAAGUUCAGGAAAGGGCUGCUGAAGAUGUCAUCAUGAUGUUGCUCGGGAACAAGAAUGACUGUGUUGAGCGUGAAGUCCAGAUUCAGGAAGGGGAGGACCUAGCCAGAGAGUAUAAGAUGAAUUUCAUGGAGUGCAGUGCUUCAACUGGGGAUAAUGUCUCAGAAUCCAUGAGGACUCUAGCUCAGUUGUUAGUGCAGCGGAAAAGACACAAGGAGGAACACACAGCAUUGAAAAGAGAGCAACCACAGAAGAAGUCUGGAUGCUGUUGAACAUUCACACACAGAUACACACUUUUGCUCAGCUUUCUAAAUGAGGACAUACCAUAGACAUCUGUUGUUUUUAUAUUAAGCCAAUUAUAUUUACUAUACAAAUAGUAUAGUAACCCCUAACCCCUGAAGAAAACUGUUUGUGUUUAUAGUUUAUAAAUGUAUAUAAAUGGUUUUAACAAAUUAGGAUGUCCCCAAAAGAGGUUUUGUCAGAUUUUGCUUGCUUUUAGGGACAAAUUUCCUAUUCAAACUAUAGUACUUACAUACUUACACACACACAUACAUACAUGCAUACACAAACACUUCGCACACACACAAAAGCACAAACUAAAGCCUAUAUAUGCCUAUGCAAUGUUUAUAGAUAAUAUGUUUAUAUGCCUAUAUCAUUGUCUAAUGUCUGUAUUUUAGAUUUUAUAUUCACUUUUUAUUUUUAUUCUAUUUUGUAUUAUUAUCUCUGUCUUGUUGUAUGGUUUGUGCACAGGAAGCUUCUGUCACCAAGACUAAUUCCUUGUGUGUGUAAGCAUACUUGGCAAUAAAGAUCAUUCUCAUUAUG